AUGUCUUCCCUGCCCCCACCCCGUCGACUCGUCGCAGCCCACGCCACGGACGGCACCCCCGUCCUCCUCGAACACCACUUUCCCUCGGCCGACACCGACCCUGCCACACUCAAAGCCCAGGUACUCUUUCUCCAGCCCGACCUCGUCGCCAAGCCAGAAAAGGCGGUAGAGUGGGCUGAAGCAAGGCCGGACAAGAUCCCGCAUGACGAUGCUAUCAGUGUGCGGUAUGUAUAUCUGCCUCCCAGCGCAGAUGGCUUUUUCCAUUUCACCCAGACUAUCGACUAUCUCGUGAUCACGCACGGCGAACUCGAGAUGGAGUUACACGACGGGACCAAGACGAUCGUCCAUCCUGGCUUUAUCGCAUUUGUGGGUCCUUCUGAGGCAGUAAAAGUGGACGGAAAGGGGUUGGAGGAGCCGUUUUUCAAUGGAUAUCUUGCCAAGUUUUAG